AUGGGCGCUCACCAGUCUUCAGCCCGAUACGAGCAGGGUAAUACGCCCGAUGGCACACCUAGAAAAACCUGCUACUAUGAGCUUCUUGGGAUCGCUCAGGAUGCCAGUGAUAGCGAUAUCAAAAAGGGGUACAGGAAGAAGGCACUUGAACUGCAUCCGGAUCGCAAUUUGGGCAAUAUUGAGGACGCCACUCGCAGGUUUGCCGAGGUCCAGUCUGCAUAUGAGGUGCUGUCUGACCCUCAUGAGAGAGCUUGGUAUGAUUCCCACCGAGAAGCCAUCUUACGCGGCUCGGAUGGGCGAAAUUUCGACCACGACCCCCCAGAGUUCAAGGAUGUUCGCCUGACUACGACCGACGAUAUAUUGUCUUUGAUCAGACAAUUCAAUGUUUCCGUGCCCUUCACAGAUGAACCAACAGGAUUCUACGGUAUUCUCAAUGAAACGUUUUACCACCUCGCCAGAGAGGAGCGGGCGGCCAGUGGUCAGGAUCUAGGCGAGGUUCCCGAUUAUCCAAAUUUCGGAUUGUCAGGCGAUGAUUUCGAGACUGUGGUGAGGCCCUUUUAUAGCGUCUGGGCCGGCUUCACUACCGUGAAGUCAUUCGCAUGGAAGGACAAAUACAGGCUCUCCGAUGCACCUGACCGUCGCGUGCGGCGAAUGAUGGAGAAGGAAAACAGGAAACUUCGAGACGAUGCGGCGAGAGAGUUUAGCGAGGCAGUCCGAUUUCUUGUCACGUUUGCCCGAAAACGAGACCCUCGCUACGUAGGGAACUUGCAGAGCGCCACCGAACGACGGGAGACAUUACGUGCUGCCGCUGCCGCCCAAGCUGCCAGGUCUCGGGCGGCGAACCUGGAGAAGUUCAAGGACGAAAUUGCUGUCCCGGAGUGGGUGCGGUCCCGAGACGAAGACGAUGGGGACGUGCUAGGUCAUUUCUCGGAGACCGAGACUGAAUCCGAAGUUGAGUGGAUAGAGUGCGUCAUCUGUGACAAGUCCUUCAAGAGCGCAAAGUCAUUCCAGGCCCAUGAGAAAAGCAAGAAACACACCAAGGCAGUACAGCAACUACGGCGCCAAAUGAAGAGUGAGGGGUUAGAACUCGAGUUGGAUCAGCAAUGGGCCGAGCCCGGAGAUCCCCAAACUAGAGGGAAACAAGACUCGGUGAACACAGUCACACAGGAGAUGGAGCAAGAACAAGUCAUGGUUCCGGUGUCAGAGGCAGCAAACCCCAGGAGGGGAACGAGAGCCGGGUCAAACACCGAUACUGCAGACUCUAGCAGCUCUGACAAACUCCUAGAUGAUGGAUGUUAUGCCCCGCGGACCGUGGUGCAGCAGAGAACGGAGCUUGAGACAUCAGCCAAUACUAUGGUAUCACAGAGCCCAGGGAAAGACAUCGAAUAUGGUGGAAUUGGCAGCGAGAUGGAGAAAUUGUCACUAAAUGGGGAUUGGGCCGAUGAUUCAAACCGCGGCGACCAACCAGCAAAAGUGAAAGGCAAGGCAAAGUUGAAGCGUGAAAAAAAAGCAGCCCGAAAAGCAACUCAGGAACACACCUGCAACAUUUGCCAGGAGGUAUUUCCUUCUAAGACACAGCUUUUCACACAUAUUCGCGAUACAGGUUAUAUAGGACAUAAAACCAUUCAAGGGAUAGCAGACAGGAAAAAGAGGCGUUGACUACUAUAAUUUUAAAAUAGGGAAGGAUUAGGGCGGCCGG